AUGAGCACCUAUACACCAUUGUGGAACCUUGCCGACCAAUACGAAAUCAUGUGGCCACAAACACUUCAGGACUUGUAUAUAUCGAUUGCGGUCAUGGUGUGCGUCGCCCUGCUAUUCAUCCCACAACCGCUCUGCGCACCACUGAUUGCUAUGUCCAUUGCAUCUGUGGCGCUUGGUGUACUUGGCAUCAUGCCAUUUUUGGGUGUCAAUCUUGACGCAACGUCGAUGAUUACGAUAGCAAUGAGUGUUGGAUUCUCUGUUGAUUUCGCGGCUCACGUCUCAUACGCAUUCAUGACGCAGAAAAUCGCAGAUGUGCACCAUUCGCUCGUCUACGGGGAACGCUUCGGUACUGUUGGUUGGCCAAUAACCCAAGCGUCGAUGUCUGUUCUCCUUGGAAUCUCAUCACUUUCCUUCGUUGACAGUUAUGUUGUACAGACGUGCUUCAAGACUGUUAUACUAGUUAUAACGUUUGGGACAGUUCAUGCUCUAGUGUUUCUUCCGUUAGUGCUGAUGUAUUCUCAUAAAGCCUACUUUUGCUUGGCUGGUCUCCGACGUCAACGGUCUUCGAACAAAAUUCGUCCAGAAAAACAUCUCCAAAGUGUGAAUAGUUAA